CGCCGCCCCGACAAGUCGCUUUGCAACCCGCGCGCGUUUUCUUCGCAUCACUCUUUGCACGUUCCGUCAGACUGUUCAGUGUUCAGUGCGGUUCUCUCUCUCUUUUUGUAAAUGCGAAAUAAUGGCUGCGGAUCAGGCUCAGUUUCACCAGCUGCUAAAUUCCCUGCUCUCCACGGACAACGAAGUGCGAACGCAGGCCGAGGAAACCUUUAACAGCCUACCAUGCGAGGGCAAGGUGACACACUUGCUGGGCGCGGUCCAAAACCCGCAAAUGACCGAGGAAGCCCGGAUGAUGGCAGCCGUCCUCUUGCGACGAUUGUUCUCUGCUGAGUUCCAGGACUUCUACAACCCGCUGCCCCCAGAGUCGAAGGAACAGCUCAAGCAGCAGGUACUGCUGACGCUACAACAGAACGAGAGCCCCAGUUUGCGCCGUAAGAUCUGCGAGGUGGUCGCCGAAGUGGCCCGCAAUCUGAUCGACGACGACGGCAACAACCAGUGGCCGGAAUUCCUUCAGUUUCUGUUCCAGUGUGCCAGCGCGCCAAACGUCCAACUACAGGAAUCGGCGCUGCGUAUUUUCUCCUCGGUGCCGGGAAUCUUCGGAAACCAACAGAACCAACACCUGCAGCUGAUCAAGCAGAUGCUGAUCAAGUAUUUGGACCCCUCAUCAGACCCGGAGGUGCGCUUCCAGGCCGUUAGAGCCGUGGGCGCUUUCAUCCUGUUGCACGACAAGGAAGAUGACGUUCAACGCCAGUUCAACGAUCUGUUGCCACGUGUGAUCAUGAUCACAGCCGAAAGUAUCGAUCAGCAAGAUGACCAAACGCUGAUCAAGCUGCUGAUCGAUAUGGCCGAAAGCGUACCGAAAUACCUGCGUCCGCAGCUGGAGUCCAUUUUCGACAUGUGCAUGAAAGUUUUCAGCAGUCCGGACGUCGAGGACAGCUGGCGCCAUUUGGCCCUCGAAGUCAUGGUAUCGCUGUCCGAAAAUGCUCCGGCGAUGGUUCGCAAGCGUGCCGAGAAGUAUGUCGCUUCGUUGAUUCCUCUGGUGCUGCAGAUGAUGACCGACCUCGAAGACGACGAGGAAUGGUCCGUGUCGGACGAGAUCUGCGAAGAUGACACCAGCGACAACAAUGUCAUCGCCGAAUCGGCUCUGGAUCGUCUGGCUUGCGGUCUCGGAGGAAAGGCUGUCCUGCCGCACAUCGUCAACAACAUUCCAAACAUGUUGAGCAGUCCGGAUUGGAAGCAACGACACGCUGCUCUGAUGGCCAUCUCGGCGGCCGGCGAAGGAUGCCACAAGCAGAUGGAAGCCAUGCUCGAGAACAUCAUGCAGGGAGUGCUGAAGUUCCUGAUGGAUCCUCACCCGAGGGUUCGCUAUGCUGCAUGUAACGCCAUUGGGCAGAUGGCGACGGACUUCGCCCCGAUCUUCGAGAAGAAGUUCCACGAACAGGUCAUUCCAGGGCUGCUGAGCUUGCUGGACGAUGUCCAGAAUCCACGCGUGCAGGCCCAUGCCGGUGCCGCUUUGGUCAACUUCAGCGAGGACUGCCCGAAGAACAUUCUCACUCGGUAUUUGGACGGUAUCAUGGCUAAGCUGGAGAACAUCCUCACCACCAAAUUCAAUGAGUUGGUUGAAAAGGGCACCAAACUGGUUCUGGAGCAGGUAGUGACCACCAUUGCUUCAGUGGCCGACACGACGGAAAAGGACUUCGUUGGCUAUUACGAUCGGCUGAUGCCCUGCCUGAAGUACAUCAUCCAGAAUGGCAACACCGACGAGCUGCGUUUGCUUCGUGGCAAGACCAUCGAAUGUGUGUCGCUGAUCGGUCUGGCCGUCGGAGCGGAGAAGUUCAUGUCCGAUGCGUCGGAUGUGAUGGACAUGUUGCUGAAAACUCACACCGAAGGCGAUCUGCCCGAUGACGAUCCCCAGACGUCGUAUCUGAUCUCGGCCUGGGCUCGCAUCUGCAAGAUUUUAGGCAAACAGUUCGAGCAAUAUCUGCCACUGGUGAUGGGACCGGUCAUGAGAACUGCAUCCAUGAAGCCGGAAGUUGCUCUGCUGGACAACGAUGAAGUUCAGGACGUGGAAAGCGACAACGAUUGGCAGUUUGUCAAUCUGGGCGAACAGCAAAACUUCGGAAUCCGCACGGCUGGUUUGGAAGACAAGGCCUCAGCAUGUGAGAUGUUGGUCUGCUAUGCACGUGAAUUGAAGGACGGAUUCGCCAACUACGCCGAAGAAGUGGUCCGACUAAUGGUACCGAUGUUGAAGUUCUACUUCCAUGAUGGAGUCCGCACAGCUGCUGCCGAAUCGUUGCCCUAUCUGUUGGAUUGCGCCAAGAUCAAGGGACCAACCUACUUGGAAGGAAUGUGGCUCUACAUCUGCCCAGAACUGUUGAAGGCCAUCGAUUCUGAACCGGAACCGGACGUUCAAGCCGAACUUCUGCACUCGUUGGCCAAAUGUAUCGAAACGCUAGGUGCUGCAUGUCUCUCUAAGGAAACAAUGGAUGAAGUGCUCAAGAUCAUCGAUAAAUUCAUGAACCUACAUUUCCAAAAAGAGGAGAAACGUGCCCUGGCUCGCAAAGAGGAAGACUACGACGAGGGAGUCGAAGAGCAACUCGCCGAAGAAGACGAUGCCGACAUUUAUCUACUGUCACGAAUCUCCGACAUUGUCCACUCGUUGUUCCUGAGCUACAAAGACGGUUUCCUGCCGUAUUUCCAGCAAGUCGUGCCACACUUUGUCAAGCUUCUCGAUCCAUCCAGAACGUGGGCCGACCGGCAAUGGGGAUUGUGCAUAUUCGACGAUCUGAUCGAAUACAGUGGCCCCAUGUGCGCUCAAUACCAGGCCUUCUUCAUGCAACCCAUGCUAGAAUACGUUAAGGACCCACAACCGGAAGUACGGCAAGCGGCAGUUUACGGAUGCGGCGUGUUGGCACAGUAUGGCGGCGACCAGUUUUCGAUAUCCUGCGCCCAGGCCAUCCAGUUGCUGAUCGAAGUCAUCAUGACGCCCGGCAGUCGCGAGCCGGAAAAUGUGAACCCCACGGAAAAUGCCAUCUCCGCCGUGACCAAGAUACUGAAAUACAACAACAAGGCCAUCCCCAACCCGGACGAGAUCAUCGCACUCUGGUUCUCCUGGCUGCCCGUGGUAGAAGACGACGACGAGGCCAUCCACGUCUAUGGCUACCUGUGUGAUCUGAUCCAGGCCAAUCAUCCGGCCGUGCUGGGCGAGAACAAUUCGAAUCUGCCCCGCAUCGUGUCCAUCUUUGCCGAGGCGUUCUACCGCGAGGCGAUGUCCGUUGGCCAUCCGGAGUCGACGCGGAUGCUGGCCAUAGUGAAACAGAUCGAAUCCAGUCCGGACAUUUUCCAAGCGUGUAUAAACCAACUGACGGUGGAACAGAAGGCGGCUCUUGAGGAAGCGUACCGAACUGCGGCCACGACCGUUGCUCAGUAAGCAGAAUAAAGAGCUGUGUAGGGUAAAAUGUGAACGAGAGCAAGAAUGUGGGACACGGAACGAGUGAGAUCAAUUAAGGACCAUCCGCGAGGGUUGAUGACCAUAUAGGCAGGAAAGGACGUUAAACUGAUUUAGGUGUUUUUCUUUGAGUUUUGUCGCCGACCUUCUCUCCAGAGGCAACAGAUUACGCAAAAAUAAUCACAAUUGGGCUUAAUUGCUAACGAAACUACUCUAACUCCACCACCACAACACAAGGCAGCAACACGACACGAGAUUACACAACACAUCCUAUUAACAUCUCUUUCAAUGUCUCGGUAGAAAAUUGAGUUAAGAGAAUAUUAUAUAUAUACAAAAUAUAUAGCUGUUUCUCUGCAGUGAAUACUAGUGUAUUACCUAGAUUUAUAUUUUGCAAUUAUUUAAUCACAAUUGUAAUCCUUUUUUCCUUUAAAAUUCGAUUAUAUAUUUACCCCUCCCUAUUGUAUUGUUACAGCCUAUAUCCAAUCUGAGUGGAAAGCACAUUAUUAGUUUUGGAAUCUCCCGCGUGAGGUUCGCCUUUGCCUUUUGCCAUUGUGAUGCAGUAGGUUUUAUUGUUUGAAUUUUCCUAUAGAAAGACGCCUUUCGUCACCACAGUUUUCGUUUGUGAUCUGCGCAAUUAACACGCGGCCAUUCCUGCAAGGACGUGAUCAAAGCCGUCGAAUUCUUUUGAAAGAGACCGUUUAGCAUCAGGCAGAGAUAUUAGAUUUUACCACUUGACGAUAAAACGCAAAAAGUAUUGGCUUAGUUGUGCCGCGCCGCAGGCAGGUAUUUAGAAACAAAAGUACGCUUUUUCCUUAGUUCCAUUAAAACAUGUACAUAUAUUAUGAACAAAAAAAAACGUGUGUUUCACAUGAACCCAAACGUCGUCGUUGCAGAACAUGCUAAAUGCAUAUGUUUUUUGGCCAGCGUGUUCAUCUUCCGUUGACGAAUGAUGUUAUUUCCCAAGGAAACUAAACUAUACCUGACCGUCUGGCUGGCGUCAAUUUUUUUUUUUCUGUGAAAAUUACUUCUCCCAGUGUGGGCACAUUUAGUUCAGGAAUCGAAACAUAGUUGCAAUUGCUUUUCUUCAACUCUCAAAAACCGUUUGAGCUACUUUUUUGUUCUGCUGGCCUUUGAUGAUGUAUGAAUCCAGAGUACAGACCCCGACAAGAGGGCUACUUCAGCAUUACACGCAGAGCGAUAACAGAAACUUUCAAUUUUAAGCACAUUUUCCGUAUUCGAAAGGGCAACCAACCUGUAUGAGAAUAAAAUGAUAUUCUAUUAUUGAAAAAGAAA